GAGAGAGAAAGAGAGAAGGGGGCAGUUGCAGUGGUUAACAACCCUCUGCCAGAGGGCAAGAAGGAAUCAUUUCACCUCAGUGGCAGGUAACAAACACCACUUAGCAGCAGGCUCCCUUCUUGCUCUUUUGCUUCCGCCUCCUGCCCUUAAAAUCUUUCACCACCCCCUCCCCUCGCGGUCAAAUUUGCGAUCCAUACUCGGGGAGGGCCAAGAAACCGAGCUGUCUCUCUCUCCAAUGCGCACCAACGCCAGGAGAAAUUGGUGGCCGGCCUCUUGGAGUUGAAGGGUUCAUGUGAUUCCGUGGUCAGGGGAUUAAGGAACGUUGGUGCUUCUGGACAAUUGGAGAUGUACUCAGGCCAGCAAUCUGAUCAAGGUCCCAGUGCAAACAGUGGCAGAGAAUUCUCCGAGGCAAAUUGGAACUCUGUCACAAUGCAUCAGAAGAUGGGCUAUAACAGUGGACCGUAUGGAUUUGGACCUUACAGCAUGGGUUUGGAAGAAAGACCAGGGUUGUAUCAAUCUUCAUCUGGUACAUUCAGUCAGAACAUCCAAAUGAGUGAUGAGCAUAGCGGAGGUGUGAAGAAGAGGAAAGGAAUGGAUGACUGCGUGGGGUUGUUGCAAAAUGCGGGUGAUCAACAAACAGAAGGUUCGUCUCAGCCAGAAAGGAAUUCAAUGGAGGAGGGGAACAGAAAGAUUUCACCCAAAAUGCAAAGCAAGGAAGAUUCUUCUGAUGGUGAUGGUACUAAAGAGGAUUAUGUUCAUAUUCGAGCAAAGCGAGGCCAAGCCACUAACAGCCACAGCCUUGCAGAAAGACUGAGGAGAAAAAAGAUAAGUGAGAGAAUGAAACUUCUUCAAGAUCUUGUUCCUGGAUGCAGUAAGAUCACUGGCAAGGCAGUCAUGCUUGAUGAGAUUAUCAACUAUGUGCAGUCAUUGCAACGACAAGUCGAGUUCUUGUCAAUGAAACUUGCAACUGUCAACCCUGAGCUUGGCUUUGACAUUGAGCAGAUUCUAUCCCAACAAAUGAUGCUUUCACAAGACAGACAUUUUGCUAUCUAUGGAGCGGAUCCAGGAUCAAGCAGCCUUGCUGCUCAGUUUAACCAAGGAAUCAUGCAGCCAGAAAUUAUGUGCAACAUUUCCAAUCCUGUCGAUGUUUUGCAGGGAACAAUUCACGACGUCUCGACAAUGAACCAGAUACCUGCAAUGUGGGAAGGACUUCAGAACCUGCCUCAGAUGAACUUCAACCCUGGUGUGGCAGCCGGUAGCAGCACCAACAACUCUGGUUCCAUGAAGAUCGAACAGUGAGCUGCCGGUACUGCUUGUCAAUCACUGAAUUAUCGUAAAGCGCUUGCCGAAUGAAGUUUUUUGUAUAGCUGGAGGCCUAACCAUUCAUUGCCGGUUUCCUUCUGUUGCUCCCCAUACUGUAUGACGCAUCGUUUAUGGUAUGGCAUCUGAGGAUCAUGUACAGCUGGAGCUGGAAAAAAAAAACUGAUUCCACUGUAAAUUUCUGUUGUGCUUUGGCCUGUGGAAAUUCGGAUGGAAACCCAGUAUCAUCCAUGAACUCCAAGGACAGAAGCUUUGUUGGGACCCAAGUACUGAAUGCUGAUGGGCCUAAACGUACUAAAUGAGUACUAGUGGAAUGGAAUCGUAGGUACAAAAAUGCAGAGUUCGAAGCCAAUUGCCUUGUCAGAAAUUCCAUGAAACGUGCACUGUAUAUGCAAAUGGUUCAAUCAUGCAAUGGAAGGGAACUCAUUAUUGUUA